UCUCUCUCUCUCUCUCUCUCUUAAAAUGCUUUUGUCGUCUUCUCACACUCAAAUCCACUUUUUAAAAAACACAAUCAUACAUCCAGUCAACCAAAUCUAGAUCAAAGUUUGAAACUUUUUAAAAAAAAUUAAUUAAUUAAAAUCUUCUUUUCUGUUUCUAAAGAAAAAAACUUAAUUUUGUUCUUUUUCAUCUUCUUCCUGUUGCAUCUGUACCAGAAAAUCUCCAAAAGAAUACUCUUUUACUCUGUUUUUUGCUCUGUUUUUGACAAAACAGAGCAAAUUUCAAAUCUUUCCUGGAAAGUUCGUUUCUUUUCUCCUUCCAACGUUUAUAGACAAAGAUGGGCGGUGUGACGUCAUCGAUGGCGGCGAAGUUUGCGUUUUUCCCGCCGAAUCCGCCGUCUUACGGUGUCGAGGUGGCGGGAGAGACAGGGAAGCUGUGGCUAACGGGUGUUGAGAACGUGAAGGAGAACGUUGAAGUGUUGAAGCUGAAGACUAAGAGAGGGAAUCAGGUGGUUGCUGCGUAUAUUAAGAACCCUACAGCCUCACUCACUCUUCUCUAUUCUCACGGCAACGCCGCUGAUCUCGGCCAGAUGUUUGAGCUCUUCUCCGAGCUCAGCCUCCAUCUUCGCGUCAAUUUAAUUGGUUAUGAUUAUUCAGGUUAUGGGAGGUCUUCAGGGAAGCCUAGUGAGCAGAACACGUACUACGAUAUAGAAGCAGUGUACAGAUGCUUGGAGGAGCAAUAUAAUGUGAAAGAACAAGACGUUAUCUUAUAUGGACAAUCCGUAGGAAGCGGACCGACUCUAGAGUUAGCUUCUCGGUUACCAAACCUCAGAGCCGUUGUUCUUCACAGUGCAAUUGCGUCUGGUCUAAGAGUCAUGUACCCCGUGAAGCGAACUUACUGGUUUGAUAUUUACAAGAAUGUUGAUAAGAUAUCUUCUGUCAAAUGUCCUGUGCUGGUGAUUCACGGAACAUCAGAUGAUGUUGUGAACUGGUCUCACGGGAAGCAACUAUUCGAUCUUUGUAAAGAAAAGUACGAACCGCUUUGGAUCAAAGGAGGGAACCACUGCGAUUUAGAGCUAUACCCUCAGUACAUAAAGCAUCUCAAGAAGUUUGUAUCAGCGGUUGAGAAGUCGCCUCAUCCUCGUGACGCAUGCGUGGCACAAACGGAGAAGGCGAGGAGCAGUACUGAUGUUAGAGAGGCAGCAAGGCCAAGCACGGAUCAAAGAGAGAAAUCAAGAACAAGUAUGGAUCAAAGAGAGAUGCCGAAGCUGAUGGUUACAGAGAGUAAAGAUAAAGGGAGACCGAGCGUUGAUAAGAGAGAGAGAACGAGGAAAAGUGUUGAUGGUAAUGCCACUGAACAGCAAAUACAAACAGAGAAAGCCAGGAAUAGCAUUGACAGGUUUGGGGGGUUGAUAAGAUCAGUAAGUUUGUGCAACAUAGAUUGUUUCAAGCCUACAGCAACAGCUAAGUGAAUGAAUAAUUGGUAGAAGAAAGACAGACACAUGUACACAAAACAUUGUUUGGUUUUGGUUAUUAUCUCUUUCCACUUUACGUGCUCAUGUGUUUUGGAAUGUAACAUGUCAAUGUCUGAUCAUCACUGUCCCAUCUACUCGAUUCAAAUAGCUUUGAUUUGGUUGUUGAUAUUACACCAAAAUAGGUAUCUGUAUUACACUUGCUUUUUAUACACAGUUUCUACAAACA